AUGUUAAUGGAUUUAUCCAAUGGUCAUUUACUGAUAAAAGAAGAAAAAAUUUUACGGAAAUUAGUCAAUUUGAUUCAUGCCACAACAACAAAUGAUUUCAAUCUAUGUACAACUCAUUCACGUCAAUUACAAUAUUUAUUAUAUACUACUUAUAAUACUACUACUACUACUACUCAUUAUAAUGAUAUUCCAUCAGCAGCAGGAGCAGGAACAGGAGCGUCGAAACAAUUAGAAGUCUAUUUAUUUCAUUUAUUACAAUUAAAUCAACCAAUUGAAUUUUAUAAUAUGAAAUUAUUCAAUAAUUUCAUCACUAUGAAUGAUGAUUAUAAUGAUCAAAAAUCCAAUUUAAUUGGUAUUGGUUAUUGUUUCAAUGGGAUAUUAAUGGCUUAUGUCAAUAAUUAUACUACUACUACUACUACUAAUAGUAGUAUUAGUAGUAGUACUAGUGAUUCCUCUGAUCGUAAUUCUAUAUGUAGUCAAUUUGUAUUGAAUGUACAAUUAUUUGAUAAUAAUAAUAAUAAUGAGACUAUACGGUUUAAUGAUUAUGAAUAUGGAGAAUUUUCAUCCAUUUGGGCACCAAUUCAAUGUGAAUCUAAUUCAAUCAAACCAAUAGUUUUACGAUAUUUUAUUUAUACAAAAGAAAAAAGUAACACAAAUGGUCUGUUCAUCGGAGAAACAAAUCAACAUAUCGAUAAUUCAUCAUGAUAAAUGACUGAUUGCAAUAUGAAUAAUUCAGGUGAAGCAACCCGUAGAUCAUCAUUUAAUGAACUGACUUUGGACGGUGUAUCAAAUAUGUAAGAAUUUUCCUGCAAUAGGCACUUCAUAUUUAGUGAAUGUUUAUUUUGUAAAUGGUCAUUCAUAAUGAGAAUUAGAAAAAGGUUAGAUUUCAAUGCGGUUAAUUUCAAAAAGUCCAUUGAAACACGGUUUAUUGUUUUCACUUGUACAUUCUUUGUAGUUCUGUAUUAUAAAAUUAAUUUUCUGGUCGUAAUAAAAACUAAUGUGUGUGUUCAAUCAAUCAUGUGUGAAUAUUGUUCACUGGCGUAAUAUGAAAGCUGAACUAUGUCUAGACAUUAUGAAUGUAACCAUUUUUGACAAGCAUUUGAAAUAUCAGUUACAUGAAGUGUCAAUGAACAAUCAUACGUCGUCUGACUGACUCAAUAAAUGUCUCCUACUAUGCAUUUAAUUGACGUAAAAUUGUUUGGAUUUUCAAAUUCGCUCGAAUGCUGUUGCACUUAUUAUGCAGUAAAGUGUUUUCGCUGCAAAUCAUCCCGACCUUUCAUGAAUGACCUUUUUAAUUUGUAAAUAUAUAUGUCGUAACAGAUGUAGACGUUCA